AUGACAAAAACACAGGACGACCCAGUAAUCUCGUUCGAUUCCCUUCCACUAGACCCAACAGGCCCACGAGGAAACGCCUGGGGUCGAUUUGGAAAAGAUGACCAACUUGGAACAUUGAAUCUGCUCACACCAGAGCGGAUUGUCGAAGCUGCGAAGGAAAUCCAGACUGGUGUGCGAAUCUCGCUCGACUGGCCGUUGAGCAUGCCUUCGCAUCCUAGCUUCAACCGCGAUCCAUUUAAGCAGGAGCUUGUUCUUCGGGAUCCAAACUGUGUUUAUGAUGACAUCUUGACAUUCAAUAGCCAGGGUUCUACCCAAUGGGAUGGAUUCAGACAUUACGGUAUGUUGUGGAGCGUCUAUGGCGAGUUUGAGAUCAUUGCUUACUGGUUGAUGGUUCUAGCAAACCAGAAGUCUAGGCAGUUCUAUAACGGACAUACCACGGAGGAGAUAGAGAGCUCGGAUAUUAUUGGCAUUCACUCCAUAUGUGAACACGGUGGAAUAACAGGCCGCGGCGUCCUCCUCGACUAUGCAGAAUGGGCCACCACAAACUCAAUCUCCAUCUCCGCCCUCGAAUCCGAGGCCAUCACCCUCGAUAACCUGAAACGAGUAGUCAAAGAUCAUAACCUCAGCUUCCAAAAGGGUGACAUUUUAUUCAUCCGCAGUGGUUUCACGGCCGCAUACAACAAACUGGACAAUCAGCAGCGAAAGGACCUGGCACUCCGAUCAUCGCCAGACUUUAGCGGCGUUGAGGCGACAGAGGGUAUGGUGCGAUGGUUAUGGGAGCAUCAGUUCUCUGCUGUCGCCGGUGACGCGCCGAGCUUUGAGCGUGCGCCUAUUAGAGGUGCCCAUGCGGAUCCGAAUUUCAAUUUGCAUGAGUGGGUGCUGGCGGGUUGGGGAACUCCUAUUGGGGAGAUGUUUGAUUUGGAGAAAUUAUCGGAGCAUUGCAAGGCUAGUGGACGUUAUAGCUUUUACUUGUCCAGUAUGCCUUUGAAGGUUAUUGGUGGUGUUGCUAGCCCGCCUAAUGCGUUUGCAAUUUUCUAG